AAACAAAAUGUUCUCUCGCACCUUUGCCGCUUUUUCCCUUGCUUUGCUCGUCACCGCCAAUGCACAUCUCGAGGCUCGUGACCAGUACAACACGGAAACUAUCCAGCGUUGUCAAAGCCUCCAGAUGAUGAACUUACCUGUUGAUUUUUUUGCUGUCGCAAUAUUUGACGGUGACGACAAUAAUAGGCGAGCCAAAGCGUAUCGUUGGUUCAGAAGUGCGGGUGAACGGUUACUCUGUUCGAGUCUGACCAGGUUAUUGGAAGUCAACAUCAACGCUUAGACGUUACCCGUGAGGUUGCACCGGAAGAUUGUUGUUGAUAAUAAUAGCGAUGUUCCAACCGUCGUUAUCUCCAUACCGCGCCAUGUGUAGUCGCUCUUGUUAAUUCAACAGCGCACUUCAACCCCCCUCAUCUCGUCUCUGUGUGAUUUGUCUGUCUUGUGUGGGCGUUUUCGGGUUGACGUCAACACCUGUUGAAUUGUGUAUAAUCGCAGUUUUGCCAUGCAGCUUGAUAGUUUGGGCGGUUGUCCAAGCCGUCUACAUGUGAUUGCAG